AUGGGUGGCCGGGCAGAGGUGCUCCUCACUUCCCAGACGGGGCGGCCGGGCAGAGGCGCUCCUCACUUCCCAGACGGUGGACGAUGGGUGGCCAGGCAGAGGUGCUCCUCACUUCCCAGACGGGGCGGCCGGGCAGAGGCGCUGCUCACUUCCCAGACGGGGUGGCCGGGCAGAGGCGCUCCUCACUUCCCAGACGGGACGGCCGGGCAGAGGCGCUCCUCACUUCCCAGACGGGGCAGCCGGGCAGAGGAGCUCCUCACUUCCCAGAUGGUGGGUGGCCAGGCAGAGGCACACAUCAUUUCCCAGACGAUGGGUGGCCGGGCAGAGGCGCUCCUCACUUCCCAGACGGGGCGGCCGGGCAGAGGCGCUCCUCACUCCCCAGACGAGGUGGCCGGGCAGAGGCGCUCCUCACUUCCCAGACAGGGUGGCCGGGCAGAGGCGCUCAUCACUUCUCGGAUGGGUGGGUGGCCGGGCAGAGGCGCUCCUCAUUUCUUCCCGGACGGGGCGGCCGGGCAGAGGCGCUCCUCACUUCCCAGACGGGGCGGCCGGACGGGGUGGCCGGGCAGAGGCGCUCCUCACUUCCCAGACGGGACGGCCGGGCAGAGGCGCUCCUCACUUCCCAGACGGGGCAGCCGGGCAGAGGAGCUCCUCACUUCCCAGAUGGUGGGUGGCCAGGCACUGGGAAGAGGCGCUCCUCACUUCCCAGAUGGGGCUGCCGGGCAGAGGCGCUCCUCACUUCCCAGACGGUGCGUGGCCGGGCAGAGGCGCUCCUCAUUUCUUCCCGGACGGGGCGGCCGGGCAGAGGCGCUCCUCACUUCCGAGACGGGGCGGCCGGGCAGA